AUGCCGGCGACUUUGUUUCGCCGCCUUCUCACCGCUGCUCUCAGAUGCCCCACUAUCCUCCCUCCUCUCUCCUCCCGCCACGUCAUCCCCUCCCCUCCAUUUCCGUCCACCCACUCGUCACUCUAUCCCCGCCUCCUCUCCUCCUCCUCCUCCGCCGCCCGAAACCCUCCGGACUCAUUCCGAACCCGAACCCCUCUCGAGAAGCAAUUCGAGACAUGGAUCCACAAGCUCAAACCCGGAUUCGGCCCGCCCGACGUCGACGCCGCCCUGAAAGCCCAAUCGGACCCCGACCUCGCCCUCGACAUUUUCCGGUGGACCGCCCAGCAGCGCAACUACAAGCACAGCCACACCACCUACCUCACCAUGAUCAAGAUCCUGAUCAACGGCCGCCGCUACCGCCACGCCGAAACCCUACUGGAGGAGGUGGUCGCCGGAGCUUGUGAGAUUAGUGUUCCUCUUUAUAACUCCAUUAUUAGAUUCUGUUGUGGUAGAAAGAUGCUCUUUAAUCGCGCUUUCGAUGUGUAUAAGAAAAUGUUCAACUCUAAGAAUUGUAAGCCUACAUUGGAGACAUAUGCAUUGCUCUUGAAUUCUUUGCUUAGGAGGUUUAAUAACAGGACUGUUUGUCAUGUGUAUUUGCGGUCGGUGAGGUCAUUGUCCAAGCAGAUGAAGGCCUCCGGUGUGAUUCCAGAUACUUUCGUGUUGAAUAUGAUCAUCAAGGCUUAUUCCAAAUGUUUGGAAGUUGAUGAGGCGCUUCAGGUGUUUCGAGAAAUGGGGCUGUACGGAUGUGAGCCGAAUGCUUAUACCUAUGGUUAUAUUGCGAAAGGGUUGUGCGAGAAGGGGAGGGUCGGUCAGGGUUUAGGGUUUUACAAGGAAAUGAGAGGGAAGGGUUUGGUGCCGAGUAGUAGUACUUUUAUGGUUGUGAUUUGCAGUCUUGCUUUGGAGCGGAGAUAUGAGGAUGCGAGUGAUGUCGUGUUUGAUACGUUGAGUAAUUGUAUGUCUCCUGAUUUGUUGACUUAUAAGACAUUAUUGGAAGGAUUGUGCCGGGAUGGAAAAGGAGAGGAGGCGUUUGAUCUACUAGAGAAUUUCAGGGGCAGGGACAGAGCCAUGAAUGAAAAGACGUACAAGGCAUUGUUAAAUGCUUUGCAUUUUGUAAACAGGGAGUAAUUCAGUACAUGUCCUCCGACUUCAGUUCAAGAGUUGUAUCAACUGUCUGUUGUUGGAUACAUAUGUGAUUUGAAUUAUAUCUCUCAACUUAUGAGGA